AGCAAGCAAGCAAGCAAGCCACCGCGCGCAGACAAGACGAAUCGUCAUCUUCACCAGCUAGCGCGAGUGGCUCGCUCGACACCCGCCAUCGAAUGCCUGGCUCGGCUGCGUAAGCGAACGGCAUCCACCUCUUACCAAUCAUGAGCCCAGAUACUUCGACUUGCACCGAGUCUCGCCGUCUAGUCGACGUUCAUGACUCCCCCUUCUCAGAGGAGUCGCCUUCUCUCAAGGAGCCCUCCUUGGUCUCAACAAAUGGUAUUCCAGAAGCGGCUAAAGACGUCGUUGCCUGCCCAUUCUAUCAGUGUGCCCUCGAAGACAUCUUCCCCGACAACCGGGACACUGAAGCCAAGCGAGAUGAUAAGGUCGACCAGCUACUCCAGUGCGGCUUCCUCUAUGGCAAGAACAGCAAGCAAGCCUUACAGCACAAGCGACUACAACGCUCCGCAAGAAGCCCUCAGCUACAUGGUGCUGGGGAGCAGCGCAGGAUGGCUGCAGACAGAGAGCAAAGUGGCUCCAAACAUUCGAAGACUCGAACCAGCAUGAGCAUCUCUCCCCUGGGUGUGGAAGACGGCACAUUCGCUUUGGAGCAGCACGGCCUCAACGUAUCGCCUUUCGGGUGGGCAUUUGAAGCCCGGGCUUGUUAAUGGAGUCUCACACGAAGCCAACGGUUGCCGAGGAUGUCCGGGAUUGAGCAGCUUGGCAGCCAUCGCAAAGAUAGCCUUGGGACAAUCUAACAUGAUCCCACUGCCAGUCACG